AUGGAACAACGGAGUAGGUUGGUUUUCGUAUCAGAUUUUGUUCUAUCUUUCAUGUGGGUAUGUUCUGGUGUUGUCGUUCGGUUAAUCGUCUUCAAAAUUCUGGGUUUUUCUCAUACCCAUGUUGCUGAGAUUGUGAAGCUUUUGUUUUCCAUAGCCAACAUGUUCUUCUUUGCUCUGCUUUCCAAGGUUUCUCGUGGUGGGGUUUAUAAUCCUCUCACUGUUUUGGCUGAUGCUAUCUCUGGGGAUUUUCGGAACUUUCUUUUUUGUGUUGGUUCUAGAAUUCCUGCUCAGGUGUUUGGAUCUAUUGUUGGAGUUAAAUUUCUUAUAUACACCAUUCCCGAAGUAGGACAGGGUCCGCGUUUGAAUGUUGACAUUCAUCAAGGAUCACUAACAGAAGGAUUACUAACAUUUGUAAUUGUAAGCAUUUCACUUGGGCUCGCCGCAACAAAAAUCCAAGGAAAUUUCUUCAUGAAGACUUGGAUUUCCAGUCUCUCCAAGUUAACACUUCAUAUACUCGGUUCUGAUCUCACCGGUGGUUGUAUGAACCCCGCAGCUGUGAUGGGAUGGGCUUAUGCUCGAGGGGAUCACAUAACAAAAGAGCACCUCCUUGUUUACUGGCUUGCUCCCAUAGAGGGAACUAUUUUUGCAGUGUGGAUAUUCAAAUGGCUUUUCCAGCCUGUUAACAAAGAUAAAACAGGCUCGAAAAGAAAAUCAGAUUGA